UCUACUUUGUUGUUGUCUACAUCUCGUUAACAUUUUCUUUCUUUCUUUUCAAAGUCUCUUUAUACACCAAACCAAACCAAACCAAACCUGACAUUCAUUCGUCAAAACAUUCCUAUCUCUCUUUCUUUCUACAGUAAUGGAAGACAAAUUCACCCUUGAUAAAUAGUUAUUUUCUCCUCAGAUUCCUCUAAAUUUGUCAAAGAUUCUUCUCAGUUCGUUGACUAACCAUUAGAUCUUCUUCUCCUAUAUAUAUUUAUAGCUAUCUUUCUUCCUUGAUUGAUUCAAGUUUUGAUUCUUCUUAGUCACUUUCUGAGCUUUUCAGGGUCUUUAUUCUUCUUUCCUGUUUCUUGCUGAUGAGUUGGUAUUCUUUUGCCUGAUAUUGGGAAAAAAGAGAAUAUUAAAAAUAUGGAGUUGAUUGAAGGAGUUGGAGAGAGUUCUACACCGUUACGGAACUCUUUUGGUGGUGGUGGUGGUGGUGGUGGUGGUUUUAGUGCACAUGAUGUAAGAGUUGAUGUAUAUAAUAAGCUGGUUGAGAAUGGAAACGAUGAGGUUGUUUAUAAUCCGGAGUUUCGUCAUCAAUUGGAUGCUCACUUUAAUCGAUUGCCGGCUCGGUAUGGACUAGAUGUGAAUAUGGAUAGAGUCGAAGAUGUGUUAAUACAUCAGAAGCUUCUUGCUGAAGCAAUGCUCCCGGGGAGGUGUCCUGUUUUCCAUGUUCGAUUUUUGGAGAAUAUUAUGACAAAAGCAGAUGAAAAUGGUGAUAUUCAACAGCCAACAAAAGUGCCAUCUGCUUCGACAGCAAGCUUAAAUGCAGAAGACGAAGGCAUUUUGCCAUCAAAUAACAGCACUUCUGCAAGUAGAAACAGAAAUAGUGAUGUUGAUUUCGAACCUUGCUCAAAGCUUGAGGACUUGAAUUUGGAUAUUAGGAUGAUUGCUGAAGGAACCGAGAGAAACAAUGCCAUAGAGAAUUUAUCUAUGAGGCAAGAAGUUCCAUAUGCAUCAAUACAUGAAAUUAUAUUUUCUACCCUUGACAAGCCCAAGCUUCUUAGUCAGCUAUCUGCUUUGCUCUCCGACAUAGGACUAAACAUCCGUGAAGCUCAUGUCUUCUCAACAAUUGAUGGCUACUCUUUGGAUGUGUUCGUCGUAGAUGGAUGGGAAUCUGAGGACACAGAUGGGUUGCAUAAAGCGCUGGAGGAAGCAGUUGCUAGGAGCGAGGGAACCUGGUCUGGUUCUUCCCCUUCUCAUUCAGGCUUGGAGAAGGCACUAGCAAUAGAACCAAAAUGUGGCGAUUGGGAAAUCGAUAGGCGAUUGUUGAAGAUAGGAGAUAAAAUAGGAUGUGGAUCUUGUGGAGAUUUAUGUCGUGGAGUUUAUCUGGGUCAAGAUGUUGCUGUUAAGGUUCUUAAACCUGAACAUCUGAAUGAAGCUUUGGAGGCAGAAUUCGCACAAGAAGUAACAAUCCUAAGAGAGGUUCAACAUAAAAAUGUUGUUCGUUUCAUUGGUGCCUGCACAAAGUUUCCAAAUUUGUGCAUUGUAACAGAAUAUAUGCCUGGAGGAAGUCUUUACGACUUUCUGCACAAGCAUCAUAAUGUCUUGGGACUUGGUCAUCUGUUGGAAUUUGCAAUCGAUAUUUGCAAAGGAAUGGAGUAUUUGCACCAAAAAAACAUAAUUCAUAGGGAUCUGAAAACAGCCAAUCUGCUGAUGGAUAUUGAUCAUGUUGUAAAAGUGGCAGAUUUUGGUGUCGCUCGUUUCCAAAGUCAAGGAGGGGAAAUGACCGCAGAAACUGGAACAUACAGAUGGAUGGCACCUGAGGUUAUAAAUCAUCAACCGUACGAUCAGAAGGCAGAUGUUUUCAGUUUUGCUAUCGUGUUAUGGGAGCUUACAACGGCAAAGGUGCCAUAUGAUACAAUGACCCCUUUGCAAGCUGCCCUAGGAGUUAGACAGGGUUUGAGACCGUCAAUACCAGAAAACGCAAACCCCAGACUACUGGACUUAAUGCAAAGAUGCUGGGAAGGGGUUCCCAGUAGCCGGCCUUCGUUUUCAGAGAUAAUAUCAGAGCUCGAGGGAAUCCUCCAAGAAGUUAAGGCAGCUUCAGAAACGUCAAAGCACACUACUAACAAUGUUGAUUCGUAACUAAUUCUACCGGCUUUCCUUUGCGAUUUUCUUGAGUGCUGGUUGUACAGUUCUUUUUUGUUCCUUGUCAUACUUGUUUUACUUAAAUGGGUCUAUCAGAAAGUUAUAGAGGUGAAAUAGGAUGAGAGGAAAAUAGGUAAAGGUGUGGCAAUUCAAUUUACACGGAAAAAAAAGAAAGUAUAUGAAGAUGGUUCCUUUUGUUGUGUCUGGUAGCUGUCAAAUGUUCUUUUUGUAAUAGAUAAGAUAUUUCUUUCUUUACAUUAAGACCUUUGUGUAAAAAAAAUCAAUCUGUAAUGUGAUAUUUUUCCAUAGAUAUUCUGUUACAUUGCAAA